AUGGAUAUGCAACUUUUGCCAUCAACGGCCACUUUGGAAACAAAUUCUGCAAAUGAUUUGAAAAAACGUUUGAUCGGACACGGCCCGUAUGGCACUGUUUAUGAAUUGAUUGGUCACAAACCAGAACACCAAAUCGUUCAUCGAGAUAUCAAACCAGAAAACCUUUUUCUUGCUGACAAUUUUUCAUUGAAAAUUGGAGAUUUUGGAUUUGCAAAGCGUAUUGAACACACGUGUAGCGGGACGAUAUUUGGAACUAUGCGCUAUAUGAGUCCGCCACAACACGAGAAGACACACACUCUUCAAGGUUCGCAUCGAAAUGACGUCUACAGUUUGGGACUUGUCUUGUGGGAGAUUGUCGAGAGAAGGCUCGCAUUUUCCGACGUCGUUUGCGGAAAAUUCACUAAGUUGGAGAGACCAAAGUGCCAAGAAGAACUAAGUCAAAUCAUCGAUAGCAGAGGCAUUGAAUCUACUGAGAACAUUUUCAAAGAA